AUAUUUAAUUAUCUGAAUUUGUUUUUUUUUUUAAAUAAAAAUUACAUUAUAUAAUUCCCUUCAUAAUACUAUUUUUUGUUACAAAAAAUCUAGAGACAUAUGCAGAAAUGAUUGCUACUUUGUAAUUCACUUAUUUUUUUUUUUUUCAAAAGUAAUAAAAAAAACAAAGUCAAUAAAUUUUAUAAUGGCUUCUUUUGAUCACAUAAUAACAAAUAACCUUCUUUUUCAGACGAAACUCUGUCGCAAAGUCUCUGCAAGAUGGCUGAACGUAACGCCGGUGAAAUAUCCCAGUAAUCAAUCACGGAACAACAAAAAAACGAAGUUAGUGACGAGAAGAAACUCGCAGAAGACGGUGGAACAUCGCGAAACAACACAAAACGACAAAUCAGGACGAGUUUAAAGUGACGUUUAACGACUAAUGACCCUUUACGAGGAAUUCAGGAUUUAAAGGACUAUUCGGAGAUGAAUAAAACGUCUAUAAGAGUGGUUUCUUGGGAAUUCAGGGACAACUGAAGACCCUGAUGCAUAUUCAGACAUGGCGUGAAGGUUUUCACGGUACACAAGACAGUUUUCGUAUGGCGACUUCCACCACAGAUAUACCGGAUAUUGUAAAUGAAACCACAAACGUAACAAAUGAAGAAAUAUCAGGAUACAAUACAGUUGAAAGUAUAGUAAUUUCUAUAGUACUGCUUUCGAUCAUACUUGGCACCAUCGUCGGUAAUAUCCUUGUUUGUGUGGCUGUCUGCCUGGUCAGGAAACUGAGAAGGCCCUGUAACUAUCUACUGGUGAGCCUGGCAGUUAGCGAUCUCUGCGUGGCCAUUCUAGUCAUGCCUAUGGCGACAUUCUACGAGAUCAACGGCAGAUGGAUCUUCGGCGAGAUCAUGUGCAACCUGUGGGUCAGCUUCGACGUGUUAUCGUGCACCGCGUCCAUCCUCAACCUCUGCAUGAUCAGCGUAGAUCGCUACUACGCCAUCACCAAACCCCUAGAGUACGGCGUCAAAAGAACUCCUAAACGAAUGAUCCUGUGGGUGAUACUCGUGUGGUGCUUCGCCGCGUGCAUAUCCCUACCCCCGCUCCUAAUUCUGGGCAACGAACACUCUGAAAUAGGGGAAAACGGCGAGAAAAAGUUCGACGUGUGUCUGGUAUCGCAGGACAUCGCUUACCAGAUUUACGCGACCAUGUGUAGUUUUUAUAUCCCGUUGACUGUGAUGAUGAUCGUGUAUUAUAAGAUUUUUCGUGCGGCUAGGCGAAUAGUGAACGAGGAGCGGCGCGCGCAAAGCCACUUGGAGAACCACUGCUAUUUGGAGAUUAGCGUGAAAAACGGCGGGGGACCCCCGGAGAAUAAGAUUUCUAGUCAGAGUCCUUCGCCGGCGAAUCCUGCAAGAGUGAAUCAUAGAAGUAGCAGUGCGAGUACGAAUACAGUGUGCAGCCUAGACAAAACGACUUUAGGCAGGUGCUUCAAAUCCCGUCACAGCAACGAAUCCCAAUGCCCGAUGCUCUCCAACAAAACCCCCACCUCGAAAAUGAAGAACGCCCGGGACCAUUCGAAACCCAAGCAAUCCCUAAUGGCGAACCUCAAGACCUCCCCGUCAACCGCUAGUCAUCAAAAGAAGCUGCGCUUCCAAUUGGCGAAGGAGCGCAAGGCCAGCACCACGCUGGGCAUCAUAAUGUCGGCUUUCACGUUCUGUUGGCUGCCGUUCUUCGUGCUGGCGCUGGUGAGGCCGUUCCUCGAGACCACUAACGCUUUGAAGACGCUGGCGACGUUGUUCUUGUGGUUGGGGUACGCCAAUAGUUUGCUCAAUCCUAUUAUUUAUGCUACGCUUAACAGAGAUUUUAGGAAACCGUUUCAAGCAAUUUUAUAUUGUCGCUGUGGAAGUCUAAAUCAUAUGAUGCGCGAGGAAUUCUACCACAGCCAAUACGGCGAUCCAGACCACCACAUUAACAGGUGCCAUAUAGAUUACGAAGAAGGCGUCGAGUACAUUGAAGCUGACGGAGAGGAAGUCAAAGUUCCGGAUACCGAUGCAGCAGCUCACGAGUCAUUUCUAUGAUUUUCGAUGGAAUCAUCUAG